CCAUAAGUUACACUUGGAAAAACUUUCGAGGCACAGCGAUUAGUGUGGCUAGCAAAGCGCAUCCGGCAGAUGCGCACUCAAGUGACAAAAUUAGUGGAGGAAGCGCUGACAAAAUUGGUGGCUUCGCCUGAAGCUGUCGCAAGUCCAAUUACAAGCUUGGGUGGCAGCCAUCCAGACGAGGGCGUUGCCAAAGACCAACAUUACUCCGAAAUCGGCGACAGUUUUCCCCCAAGCCUGGUGAUGACAAGUCGCUGGCUGCUAUUGAGUUUGCUACUCUAUCUGGGUGGCCAAGAGGUCUCCUCGGGUGUGAUGGACAACUUCAACGACGGCCUGAAGAUGGCUGGUCAAAUGUUUGGCAUCAACACGGCCGCCGAUGUGGCCAAUCUGGUGGCCAAGGCCUUUUCCGGCCAAUCCAUGGCCAAUGUGCCCAACUUGAUAAGCUACGUGCAGAAGAGCUUUAAAGGGCCACCGGGUGAAGAGGAGCCGCAGGAGGACCAAUCGGAGCAGGAGUCGGAACCGGAAAACGCCCAGGAAGAACCUCCGGUGGAGAAUAGCACGCGCAGACCACCUCCAGUUUCCUUUAACUCCGGGCAAAUGCUCACCAAUAUGCUGAGGAUGGUGGGGUUUGAUACCCGCAAAAUAGGAGCACUAGCACUCAACGCCAUAAUUAUGAUUGCCCAGGCGAUUGGCAGUUCCCUGAUGCAAUUCAAUCGAGGAGGAGGCGGAUCACAGAUCGACGCCUCGGAUUCCGUGUACGAACCCAGUGACCAUCGCCCGAGAUCCCUCUCCAUGGGCUCGCCCAUCGACUGGUUCAUGCAGCGCACCGAUCGACAUAGCAAACGCCUCAUGCGGGACAUCAUGGAUCGGGACCUGCCCGAGCACAUAGUUGAAAUGAUCGAGUCCAAGGAGAAACCGGAGGAGGGGCAAAAGGCCGGAUGUUUGAAGCUCCUCAUGUGCAAGGGUAAACCCAUCAUUUGGGGAAUGCAGGAGUCGCUGAAGAAACGCCUGGCUGGUGAGUCCGAAGAGCCCGAGGAAACCGAUAGCUUCUUUGACAAGAAGAUAUUCUUCAAGCACUUGCCCAGUCUUCAGGACUUCAGAGUGCACAGUGCUAGCUGCGAGGCGAAAUACCAUGAGGAGUGCCCCAAGAACGCCACUACCGGAAGCUUCUAUUGACAGCACCUUAUCUUCAGUUAAAUAUUGUAAUCGGCACAUUAGUUCUUGGCAAAAAGUUAAAAGAUAUUAGAUACGUUUUGAUACCAGAGAAGUUAUUCGAAGUUUUAUUAAUACUAGCAAUGGUUAAAGUUAGUUGUUCUUUAAAAUGUUUUACUAUUUCAAUUGGAAAAUAAACAAGUCAUCUAUCAAAUAGUCAUUUUGUGCUAUGAGUUAGCUACAAUUACGUUUAUUUUUAAACACUA